UUUAUUUUUCUUUUUUAUUAUUAUUGCUCUUUGAGUUUCCUUUUCAUUCACCAGUCAAACCUUCAACCCUGUAUUUCCUUCUAGUUUAGGUUGAAUUUUAUCUCCUUCUCUUUUUGUUUUACUCAUUUCAGUCUAAAUCCAACAUGAACAGCGAUUCCAGUGAUGAAGAAAAGCUGAGUGCAGUUUGCGUGACCCCACCCGGACCAGCUGGCGCGCUUUCAUAUCCGUGACAGUUUGAUCCUGCGCGCUAGAGGAGACGGACUCUCCGUCAAUAGACGAUCUUUGAGAGGUGCGCGUUCGUGUGCGUGAGGGCGCCGUGUGCGCGCGCUCGCAGACGUCACUGUCUGCUGUUGGGCCGGUUCAGUUUGGAUGAGACUUGCUGUUCUGAGAAGACAACCCGGACUAACUUGCUGUCCCCGCCCAUUUAACCCGGGACCCCGCCGCUCACCGCGCAGUCCGAACCCGGAGACUGCCGUUCGGGUCCAACCCGGUACACUUGGACCGGGACAGAGUCGGUGAUCGGGAGAGCAGCGAACGUGACGCCCGUGACGUCGGUUUCCCCCGUCUGCCGCUGGGUUUGCCGCCUCCCGGUUCGUGUUCGGGCUUUUUCGUUUGGACUUUCCUCGGGACCGACGGUCCGGACCGGGACCCAGGAGCCGGUAAGAGUCUGAUGAUGGAGAGGAAGAAGGCGGACUGUCCCGCUCUGCCGCCCGGCUGGAAGAAGGAAGAAGUGAUCAGGAAGUCCGGACUGAGCGCUGGAAAGAGCGACGUCUACUACUACAGUCCCACAGGGAAGAAGUUCAGGAGUAAGCCUCAGCUCGCCCGUUACCUUGGAAACACAGUGGACCUGGCAUGUUUCGAUUUCCGCACCGGGAAGAUGAUGCCGGGAAAACUGCAGAAGAACAAACAGAGGCUGCGUCACGAAACCCUGAGCCUGGCUAAGGGAGGGAAGCCGGACCUGAACACGGCUCUGCCCAUCAGACAGACGGCCUCCAUCUUUAAACAGCCUGUUACCAAGGUUACAAGCCACCCCGGCAACAAGGUGAAGACAGACCUGCAGAGAGCGGUUGAGCAGCCCAGACAGCUGUUUUGGGAGAAGCGGUUAAAAGGCCUGCGCUCUUCAGACGUGGCAGAGCAGGUCCUGCGCACCAUGGAGCUGCCCAAAGGACUGCAGGGUGUUGGUCCGGACCCCAGCGACGACACGCUGCUGUCGGCCAUCGCCAGCGCUCUGCACAUGAGCUCGGCGCCCAUCACGGGACAGACGUCCGCCGCCGCAGAGAAGAACCCGGCCAUCUGGCUCAACGCGUCGCAGCCGCUCUGCAGGAACUUCACGGUGACCGACGAGCAAAUCCGGGAGCAGGAACUGAAAGUUCACCAGGCCAGGAGGAGUCUGGAGGAGGCGCUAAUGGCCGACACUUUGGCGCGCGCCGCUGAAAAUACCACAGAGCUGCACUAAAGGAAGACGGCCCGAAGACGGACAGAGUCUUCACCAGCCUCAGGGUUUUCUCUAUCGUCAUCUUAAUGCAGACUGUAAAUCAGAAGAAUGCAACCCGCUGGAGGAAAAAUCCCUGAUGCUGCUUUGUUGCCGCCGUGGCAGAUUGCCUCCAACCUUCUGUUGAGAAAAUGGUUUCCACAAGGGCACAGCCGUGGAAAUCUGUCUGCAAUUUCUGCAGAGCAACAGCAGCAACCGGAGAGCAGCGGCAACAGCAACUGUGUCAUCAGCAUUGAUCAAGCACCAGCAACAAAGCAACAAACGGCAACUCAGGAAUGUGUGACUUUGUCCAAGCUCAAAGCAACCAAAGCCUUUGGUCCUCUGUGUGGUUUAUCAGCUAUGCCAACUAUACAAAAACGUUUUCUGUUCUGGGUUUGGAAUUCCCACAAUCCUCCUUGUGUCUUAAAUGUAAACAAUGAAGCAUAAAGGAAUAAAGCCAGAGCAGAGCUGCUUCUGCUGUGAUGAUGUGUUUGUGGAGUCAGAUGUCAUCAGGUUUACGUCUUCAGGGGUUUAAGUCAAUAAAAAUAAGAAAACACAGCAAUUACUUAUUUAAAACAAAUUUUAUACAUGCAGUAAAUAUUUGUGUACAUUUCUUGUACUGAAGUAAAUAAACUAUUAUAUUCAC